AAUGUCUCUGAUUCCGACCCUUUCUCCCUGGAUGUAUGGGAUCCCUUUGGGGGAUUUCCUCUCUCCACCAACUUCCCCUCCUCUGCCCGUGAAACCAGCGCGGUGGCAAACGCCCGCAUCGACUGGAAAGAGACGCCGGAGGCCCAUCUCUUCAAACUUGAUGUUCCCGGGCUGAAGAAAGAAGAAGUUAAGGUUGAGAUUGAGGAUGGUGGCAUUCUACAAAUUAGUGGAGAGAGAAGCAAGGAGCAGGAAGAGAAGAACGACAAGUGGCACCGUGUGGAGAGGAGCAGUAGCAAGUUCUGCCGCCGCUUCAGGCUGCCGGAGAAUGCCAAGUUGGAGCAGGUGAAGGCGGCGAUGGAGAAUGGAGUGCUCACGGUGACGGUGCCCAAGAAACCGGAAGUUAAGGCUAUUGAUAUAUCUGGUUAAGUGGAAAAAUUGGUGGUCGGAUUGUUCUUGAUUUCCAUUUGUGAAGAUUGUGUUAUUAUUUUCGGACACUUUGUAAUGUAAUCAAAAACCCGUUUAAUAAGAUUGUGUUUUUAUUUUC